GGCUAUGUGAGCUGGUGACCUGUGUCGAGAUAGAUGAAGCGGAUUUGAGGGCAAGCCUGGAAACCCUAAAACCCAACAGACCCCCUGCCAGGCCGCCACUUGGGGACGAUAUGCUGUCUAGGCUAUCGGAUGACCGUGCAUUCAUGGUAUGGCUUGGUAGUCGUAGUGAUAUGAUAUGGUAUGGUAUGGCUUGGUAG